GCUUGGGCUAUCUUGGUCGAACAGCAGCCAGCAACUGGCACAGAGCAAGACAGGCCGAUUUGGCUGGGUAUACUCCUAGAGAGGAGAAUAUGAGCCUAUAGAGAGGCGCUGGCGAGAUACAAGGCCGAUGGGCAGGAAGACGGGAGCUGCAACCUGGAGUCGCGCGAGGUGGUGAGCGGUGAUGAUGGAGGGAAAAAGCAGACGACGUUCUCUCGUCGCCAGGCAUCGGGUGAAGCAGGCGAGAGCUCGGGAUAAGGUCACGUGGGCGGCAAACCCCCCUGCCUUGGAGGGCGUUUGUGGAGGGAUCCGUGGGUGCGCUGCGAUUGGCUGGAGAUAAGGGCCUUGGCAUCCAACAGCCGCCAGGGGCAUCAAGCGCAAUAGACGCGCGCCCAGCCUGUCGCGUUUGUUUCUGAGCCAGCCAACGCCAAGCCACGUCGCUCGAAUUAAGGGAUUCUCCUGAAAGACGCAGGCCGGGAUCGUGUCUGUUGGCUGUUGUUUUGUUGUCCCAGCCCUCGUGGAUGGCCAUUUCAUUGUCCUCUGCUUCUCCUCCUGCUUCUUCUCCUCUUCUGCGCGCUGUUGUCUUGUCUCUGCUGGGGUUGGUGAGGCCUCAAUCCUUCUGUCUCUCGUUCUCGCUUUCCCCGCUCCCGCAGCGGACUCCUUCUCACGGCUCUCCUCCUUCGCCCUACAAUUUCAGAGCUAUACACUGUUCCGUUGUCGCCUGUCCAUAUUCCUUUCGGGAACCUCUUUUAGCAAAUGCUCGUGCUAUCUUUUCCCCCUCUACCUAUUUUACUCAGUAUCCCCUUGAACUAUUUCUUUGGCAUGCGCAUCACCCGCAACGAUGACCAGGCCUCAGAUAAUUCGAGCAGAUACCGUCGACCUGCAGGGUAACCGUUCCCAAUCCACGCACGACCAGACACGCCAACAGGACCAACUAGGUUCGUCAGACGGCAAUCGAACAGCGCCACACCAAUCUCUAGCGAUGCGGAAUGCGGAGAAAGAGGCCAGAGAGGAAUUGGUUCAAAGUCCCAGAGUUUCUGUAGAUCGCAGCCACGCCGACGACUCUGAGGAUGAAAUGAAUGGCCAUGACCACGGGGCACAUCAUGACGGCAUUGAUCACUAUUCAAACGGCCAUUCGUCAGCAGAUGAAGGAGAUAUUACCGACGGCGAAAGUGAUGACCAGUUGGAUGAUGAUAUGUUGGAUAAGAUAUCCAGUUCUCCAUCCAUCGAUGAUGAAGAUAUCGAUUUCGAAUUUGUCUACGCUUUACAUACUUUCGUGGCGACUGUCGAGGGACAGGCGAAUGCCACCAAGGGUGACACAAUGGUUCUCCUGGACGAUAGUAAUAGCUACUGGUGGCUUGUCAGGGUUGUGAAGGAUGGCAGCAUAGGUUAUCUGCCCGCUGAACAUAUCGAGACCCCAACAGAACGCCUGGCGCGUUUGAACAAGCAUAGAAAUAUUGAUCUCUCUGCGACAAUGUUGGGAGAUAACGCGGAGAAAUCAAAGAACCCCCUGAAAAAGGCCAUGCGGAGGCGAAAUGCAAAGACCGUUACUUUUACGUCUUCUCCAGUUUACCACGAACCGUCUGAUGUCGAAUAUUCUACCGAAGAAGAAGACGACCCGGAUGACCAGUUCUUUGACAAUGACGACGAUGAAGAAAUCCUCCAAUCGGAAACGAAUGAUGGGCAAGAAGAAUCCCAUGACGAGGACAUCGUUGUCGAGCCACUUCGACCAAAAGUACAAACAGAUAAAGACGGUUCAAGCGCACGUGAAGUUGAACCUGACCGAGAUCCUAGCCCUGAGAGGGUUCGGGCAAACGAGGAUUCUUUUGAUAGACAAGAUGACAAUCCUACCGGCAGGUCGAGGAACGGUGUAGUGCGGAACACAGACUCGUUCUUCAAGGAUGAUAGCCUCGAGACCAAGAAGAUAUCAUUGACUCCAAACCUCUUGCGUGACGAUUCGAAUAAUGGACCUGCGGCCACAAAUGAUCCUAAAGAGGUGAAAGGACGUGGAAGCCUCGAAGCUUUUGAUAAAGUCAUCAAUUCGGGAGACAAAACCAAGGAUGACAAAAAGCGAAAGGAGAAAAAAUCAGGCAUGCUUAGUGGCUUAUUCAAAAGGAAAGACAAGAAAAGUAAAGCCAUUGACGAUGAUAUGGAAGAAUCAGAGAAUAUCUCAGAGGAAUCGACACGCUCGGCGACUCCUCCCAAGACAUCUAGUGAAUCAUCGAAGGAAGAACGUCAGUCCUCGAAAUCCCAAAACUCAUCCCAGCGAUAUCCUAGCAAACUACAAAAAACCCCACGCGAUACUUCUCCAGUUAAGACUGACAGUAUGCAAGCAGUCGCCCAACAAGGGCUUAGCAAUGUGGCAACUUCCACGACAUCUACAGCAAACGAUGGCCCCGGCGCUUCCGUGCGGGCCGUUCCACAUGAUUCCCAAGCUGAUGUUCCACAGCUACUUCGUGUCAAAGAAGCGACUCGUGAAAAACCCGCAACUUCUACUUCUCAGGACCAAAUUAGCCCGAAUCUGGACUCCCCAACGACGACUACUUUCCUUAGCACAUCAAUCUCUCCUGUUGAUUCUUCACAAAACCCAUCAAGCAAUGCCAGGAGCAACCCAAGCAAAGAAACGAUUCGAUCCACGCCUAUAUAUGAGGAAGAAUAUGAGGACAUGGAUUCUCCAAUUCACAUAUCAUCUCCAGAGCACCGAAAUCGUAAUAACCCUCCAGAUUUGACAACAGAUACUUCAUCUGUCGAUGAAACACAGAAUCUGGCACUGUCCCCGACACCCUCCUCUCCGGAGCUUGUUGAACAUCCAGACGACAAAGUGGAGGAAAACAGCGCCCCGACUUCCUCUACCAACACACCAACAUGGAGCGAGGCUAGCCUUCGUUCUUAUCUUGACGAUGAUACCGAUAUCCGGGAUCUCCUCAUCAUUGUCCAUGACAAGUCUAAUGUGACACCCGCAGGCCCUGAUCAUCCGAUAACAGGUAGUCUAUUCAAAGAAGAGAGCAAGGGACUUAAUGAAAUGUCAGUCCGGCUCGAUGAGCUGUUAACUGGCUGGAUGGCUCGGAAAAUGAAAGCAUCUGUGGCGAAAUAGGCGAUACCAAUCACUUUAUUGAUCCUUCACCCUUCCGUAUGCAUCUAUAAUAUCCGUCCGGUUGAGCGCGACUACGGCGCGAACAAGUUCUGUUCAAGGUAUUUCGCACCACUUUCACCCACAACAAAAAUGUAUCACUCCAUGUCAUAUCGCGGAGCUUAUACACGUCUUCCUGCUUGAUUUGCUUGUGUCGAUAUCGAGAUGGAAAAACUUACCCGAAAAAGCAAGAAAAUAACCGAGAAGCAAAUGGCGGGCGUUUACGAAAAAUACGAUCACAUGAGACUAAGGCGCUUAAUUAUUUGCAUGAAACCACAAAACAUUCGAUAUUAUAAGAUCCGCGAUACUUAAAUAUAUCGGUGUUGACGAGGCGUGUUCUUGUUUUCAGGCUUUUGGCCUCCGGGUGUCCUUCCUUCGUGCGCCCUUUUUUAUUAUUGGCUGACCUCUAUCGCCUUGACUGUUGAAUCUAUUCACUCCAUUUCCUCCCUGAAUUUCCUUCCACCAAAAAAUAGUCAAUCAGGGCGUUCUCUUCUGGCAGCAUCUAUUCCCAACCAUAUUUCCAAAGGUCUUCCAUCUCCCAUCCCCCUCCGGUGCUCGCCAUUCACGCCACAGCUCUUCAUUAUCUCCAGUCCGCACCACUAUCCGUUUCGAUCUCAUUUGUUGCGUUCAUUGUUUUCACACUACGAGUACGACAUGAUGGGUAUAUCACUACCCCGUUCCUUUUCCUCUGUUCACUGCCUUCUUUUUUUUGUGCUUCAAUCAAAUACAAUACCCAAAAUACCCACGUGUACCUUCGUUUUUGAUCGUAUCCCUCUGCUAUUCAUUUAUACAUAUCAUGCCUUCUUAGUGAUCGCUGCCGAUUGCCGUUUAUUCCUAUCCAUCCGCUAGCUAGUCUCGCCUCUUUGGUUUUGUUUCCCGUUCAUAUACUAACGUCUUAUCCCCUUCGAAUUUAUUUCACCAUUCUCUUAUUAUUCCUCCUCACCUCGUUUCUUAUCACCUCAAAUCGUCGGUCUCUUAUCUUGUGACCAUCCCUCAAAUUUACCUUUUGAUUCUCUUAUAUUUAAUUUCACAUCCUCACUUUGCUGUUGUUUUCUUUUUUUCCCGAAUUUUCCCUCGGGCUGGACUGAGGGGUCAUUAUUAUUGUGCUUCAUUUUUGGUUAGCUUUAGGGGGUCAAGGGCAAGGAUGGUAAAUCGGAGAUUAAUUUCCUUUACUCCUUGAGCCGUUUUAUCCAAUGCUUUCUGCCAUCUUUCACUUUUUCUCAUUUAUUAUGAUGUAAAGAGUACACUUGCGGCAUUGAGACCAGAGUUAAGCCGCGAUAGAUAACUGGAUAGGAGUAUUUCUACUGUAGGUACAUAACAUAUGGUACUGUAUAUGUACAGGAACACACCUGGACCCUUAUUAAAUGGAUCUCGAUACAAAUCGCUCUUUUCUUUUUUGGUCGAUGGGUUUUACUUUUCUUUGCCCCGGGUUUAAUACAGUCCCAGUUAAAACCAUUUUCCCACUCGUAGUUCUCGCAGUACCUCAGCAAUAGUAUUGAGCACAUAAUCAAUGAACACAUCUGAAGUGCAACCUCCGCGUCUGUCUUUGAUGUAUCAAGACAUCAACACCAAGUCCCACUCAUGUAUCACCUCAUUCAAUCUGG